AUGACAUCGGGUUAUCGUGGAGAUCUCCGUCAGGGCGAAACGGACUUACGAGAAUUCAUCGAUUAUGUUGAAAAACAAAGAAAGAAUAGACACCCUCAUACAACGAAGAUCCCAGAGCACGACGAGACCCAUAGCGAAUUAGAUAUUCUUGACUCUCUCGAAUUAUCGGAUCCAUGUCAGAUUUUGCAAUCAAAAGAUCUCCUUCUGGGUAAAAACGAUGAUUCAUUGCACAAACUCUCUACAUUGAUAGAGACCAGAAUUACAGAAGGACAUGGCGAGUUCGUAUUUGACAUUGGCUUGAAAGACAAUGGCGAUUCAAUGAACCUAGAAAAAGAUGAAUGGGAAAUAGCAGUGAAAAACUUGACAGAAGCAGCGAAAAAAUCUGGUGCAACUUGUAAAAUUCUCUUAACAAAGAAUGUUGGUGGCGAGCAAAAUGGUGAUAGUAUCACGCUUAGUAAAGAGAAGGGAUGCAAUGGAAAGAUACUUGUGCGCAAACAGCCAUCAAGCAUGGCGGAUGUGAUGGAAGUGCGGAUCGCCGUGGUGGGAAAUGUCGACGCUGGGAAAAGUACCAUGUUGGGCGUCUUGGCUAAGGGUUGCUUAGAUGAUGGCCGAGGAAAAGCUCGAGUUAAUCUAUUUAGGCACAAGCACGAAAUCGAGAGUGGCAGAACGAGCUCUGUAUGUAUGGCGGUAUUAGGAUACGACGUCAUGGGACAGGUCAUUGCGGCUGAUCCACUGGGAUCAAAACAAUCAUGGCAAGAGAUUGGGAAACGGGCAGCUAAAGUCAUAAGCUUCACUGAUUUAGCCGGUCAUGAGCGAUAUCUACGAACGACCGUAUUUGGCCUGCUCUCUUGCAGCCCCGACUUUGGUCUCCUAAUUGUAGCUGCCAAUAAUGGCCUCGUUGGAAUGAGCAAAGAACAUUUAGGUAUCACUUUGGCGUUGAACGUGCCAGUCAUGGUAAUAAUCACUAAAAUUGACAUUUGUCCACCUAAAAUCUUGGAGCAAACGAUCCAGCAAAUUACGCGGAUUUUAAAGAGUCCUGGAGCUCGAAAAGUUCCAAUUUUUAUAAAGAGCAUAGAGGAUUGUGUCAACACUUCAGUUCAAUUUGUCACACAGAGGAUUUGUCCGAUAUUUCAGGUUUCCAAUGUCACUGGAGAAUCCCUUGAUCUUGUUCGAGAAUUCCUAAAUCUCUUACCAAACCAUGGUCAGUACGAUGCCCAGGCAUCCUUCGAAUUUCACGUAAACGAUACGUUCUCGGUUCCAUUUGUCGGCACAGUUGUGUCCGGGGUGGUUAAGAGCGGUGUCAUACACACUGGAGACUCGGUUUUCCUAGGCCCUGAUGCUGCGGGACAGUUUAUGACAACAAAGAUUAAGUCUAUUGAGCGUAAGCGAAUUCCUGUUCCUCUAGCGUUAGCUGGCCAAUCCGUGUCCUUUGCAUUGAAAAAAUUACGGCGAAAGGAUGUACGCCGAGGUAUGGUAGUAGUGCCAAAAACAGAGGAAGCCCCACCAACCGCAGUUCGUGAGUUUAUCGCCGAAGUGCUUAUACUCUCUCACUCCACGACGAUUAAACCCAAGUACCAAGCAAUGUUGCACGUCGGCUCGCUUUGUCAGACUUGCGUAAUCAUUGAUCUUGACCGUUCGUAUAUCCGGACAGGGGAUCGGGCAUUAGUGGCCUUUAGAUUCCUUCAACGACCUGAGUAUAUUGUUCCCGGAGAUCGAUUAAUAUUUAGGGAAGGUCGUACUAAGGGGUUGGGUAUUAUCAAAAGUGUGGGAUAUGACGUUGACAAGCCACUGGGUGGACUAAGACAGGAGGCUGAUGAAGAGAGAGAGGGCGGAUCAGACAAAGCAGAUAAAUAA